AUGCAUACUUUGACCUGUCAGCGCGUUGCACUUGCGGCCGUUAUUCAACUGAUAAGAACUGGCGAAACUGGGCCCUAUAAAACAACUGAUAUGAAGCUGCUUACUGGUAAGAUUUCCUUCGAAAGAACCGGACAGCAUCGGAAUGUUAAUCGCUUUCUUUUUGCUCCUCAGCAGCUUCGGCUUAUCAGCUUCUCGUUCGGCUACGAAGAGCUGGAAAAAAGCCGUAUUUACCUCGAAAGUAUCCGAGGAAAGAUGCUCGUAAAAGAAGAGCAAAGACGCGAUCAACGAAUUCAAGCAGUGAGCAAGAAGUUACCAGAUGCAAUCACAGUUACCAGAUGGAAUGAUCGGGCAAACACAUUCGAUUGCCCGUCAGACCAACAACAACUGCAUCCAAAAGGUGCAUGUAAUGGGCCACGUUUUCGUGAUAUUACUACUGUAACCAGUCAACAAUUGGGCGCAUUUUUAUCAAUAUUUGCUGUUAGCCGUGGCUUACCGUUGUGCUCAAUUUGCGAUAGCAUGGUUAACAAAGCAGAAGCUGUCCUUUUUGAGCCAGGUUCUAAAGAACUACCGAAUCAAUUUUUAUUGAAUGAGAGCAGAAUUCAAUCAUUUAUGGACAUGUUCACGACACGAUAUUUGUCUGGAUUUUGCGCCAAAGUAUGCCACCUGUUUCAACCAAAUAUAUUCUGGGAUGGAAUUGGCUACACUGACUGCAUGUCGUCAACGACAAAUUAUUUGAAAGAUUUGCUGCAGAAGGCUGCGACAGUAUUUAUGCCGGAGAAAUUCUGCUUCGAG